CAAGAAGAAGAAAAAGGAUGAGAAGAGGAAGAGAAGAAGAAGAAUGGUUCACUUGUGAGUAUUCAUGGUCUUUUUAGUCUUAUUAGCAAGAAGAAGGAGUGACUUAGGUGAGGAGAAGAGGAGAAGAAGAACAAAAAGAAAGAGGAGACUAUAAAAAAAAAGUUAGGGUUAGUAUUUUAUUGUAUGAGGUUUUAAUUAAUUUUGUUUAAUAUUAAAUUAAUUUUUUAAAUGUUAAGGGUAAAAUAAAAGUAAUAAAUUGUCCUGUGACGUGCUUUUACGGAAUGUAUUUCGUAGUAUGUCAGAUGGUUUAUUUUGCUAAUUUCUGUCAAAAAGUCUAUUGACAAAUUUUACCUAGUUUUCUUAUUUCCCCGAGAGUGAAUUGCAGGUAGAGACUGAAAGAGGGGAGGGUGACUGAGAUGUUGAGGACUCGGUUGGCAUGGACAACCAUCGGGUUCGCGGUCUCAGCCGCGGCAAUUUCCCAAUUCGUUUGGAAAGAUCUUCUGGUCGAUCGUCACACUUUUUCCUCCGAGAUGAGACAGAAGUUUGAUGCUCUUGAACAAAGAGUUGCAAAUCUGGAGUCUGUUCCUUAUCAGAAUUCAAAUUCUAUUACUAAUACUGAGGCUGAAGCCUAAAUCUAAUUAAGAGCUCGAAUGAAGUUUUGCCUGUUGAGUUCUAUAUCUGAAUUGGAGCCUUAAAUGCUGGUUUUCACUUUUUUCUGAUAUUAACUAGAGAGAAUGUAUCCAUAUUUCGUAAGGUGACAUCAUACUACUCAUUUAUGAGGAAAUGAGAAGUUUACUAUUGUUUUUAAGAAGAAAAAAUGGAGUACAAAUAUGAACACAUGGAGUGGUUUCCUUCCUUCAAAGUUGUGUGCUAAAUAAGUUCUUUGCUACCUUGUUUAAUAGUAAUGUAGAAAUGACUCUUGAAGCACCGUUUAGUUUUAUACUUUUAUUCAAUAAUCAACAGGAAUAUUUAGGCCA